GUAAUAAUUUUUCAAUGUACUUUCCUCUUACAGAUGAAAUAUCCGUGGAUUUCGGUAAUUUAGUAUUGCAAUAUCUGCAGACGAAAAGGACGUCCGGUCAAGCUUUCUACAUCUCCCAGGUUUCCCAUUUAUGUUUCUACAGCAUAGAGGAUACUCUACUUUCCAUUGAUAUUUUCACUUGUUAGAGGCUUGGGAUAUGUUACAAAAAAUUUAAGUCCCUACAGACUGAAGAUCUGCCCUAGUGUGAAUUUAUCUCCAUUAAAGAAGAAAGAUUGCUUCUUUAGUGUUGGUUUUGGUCAGUUUCCGUCUAAUGAGAUGAAGCAGUGUUCGAAGAAACGUGGAGAGCCGAGGAGUUGGGUUGAAAUCUGUUGUUUCGGUUGCACAUGCCUACAGCUUUCCAGGCCCGCCUAUGUUCUAAGGAAAUGGCUCAACAUUAGGACCCAAGAAGGUGAUUACAGUUGUGAUGAAGGUGAUGGCGAAAGCGAUUUUGAAGAAGAAGAAGAAGAAGGUUGGAAAAGAGAAGGGUUUGAUGGGAAUAAGAAUGGUAGUGCAUUUCGGUGUCAGUCCUUUGCUACCACCCCGGAGAAUCCAACGUACAUAUUGAGAAGACGGAAAUCCGAGACUUUGAGGGUGCAAUACAUAGACACUAAGGAAAUCAGGAUAUGUGUUGGUACAUGGAAUGUUGGAGGAAGGCUGCCACCCAACGACCUAGACAUUGAUGAGUGGCUUCUUAUGGAGGAUCCCGCUGAUAUAUAUGUGCUUGGUCUUCAGGAGGUUGUUCCAUUAAAUGCUGGAAAUGUAUUCGGCGCUGAGGACAAUCGGCCUGUCCUAAAAUGGCAAUAUCUCAUUCGUAAGACACUAAAUAGAAUUUUUCCAGUUAAAACAAAGUUCAAAUGCCACAGUGAUCCUUCCUCGCCAUCAAGGUUCAAGCCUUCAGAUGAUGUCCCUGUUAUAGAAGAUGAUAUAUUGUCAGAUAGUGAUGAUGCGACUGACAAUCAAGUGCACCCAAUCUCUGAUAUUCCUGAAAUAUCUAAGACAGAUGAAUUUGGGUUUGGAAAAGAUUCAAGUUUUGUGGAUGGAAAUGCUGGUUUAGGUACAUCAGAAGAGCCCAAUUUGAAACAAGCUUCUCAGGUCAUCAGGAGAUUGGAUAGAUUAUAUGGAUUUAGUAUGUCAGAUGACCCCACAGAAUCAGAGGCACCACCACCUUCUCAACCGAAGCUCAAAUUGACCAAACAAUUAAGUGGCACUGAAAGGAUUGGCUUGGUUUGGCCAGAACCACCAAUGGGUUUGCUAGCUCAACAUGUUCUUGACAAAUCGAGUUCUUUCAAAUCAGUUCGUUCUUUCAAAACAUCUAAUUCUUUUAAACCUUCUCUGCUUGGGGACCCAAAGGGAUCCUCAGAUAUAAAUUUGAUUUCAGAUAUUAACUUGGAAGCCCUUAUAUCCAAAAAGAGAUCACCUUUUGUAAGGAUAGUGAGUAAACAGAUGGUUGGCAUUUUCUUGACAAUUUGGGUGCGAAGAAAUCUUCGGAGGCAUAUUCACAACUUGAAAGUUUCCACUGUCGGGGUUGGUGUCAUGGGGUACAUGGGCAACAAGGGGUCAGUUGCUGUUAGCAUGUCCAUAAAUCAGACUCCCUUUUGCUUCAUUUGUUCUCACCUAACUUCGGGUGAAAAGGAAGGGGACGAAUUUCGAAGAAAUGCUGAUGUGCAAGAAAUAAUAAGGAGAACACAAUUUCAUCCUGUUCCUGGUGUUGGAUUCCCAAAAACCAUCAAUGAUCACGAAAGAGUUAUCUGGUUUGGUGAUCUUAAUUAUCGGAUCAACUUGCCGUAUGAGAAAACGCGGGAACUCAUCUCUAAGAAGGAUUGGUCUGCUUUGAUCGAGAGGGAUCAGCUUAGAAGAGAGCUAAAGAAAGGGCGUGCCUUUGAUGGAUGGUCAGAGGGGCUCAUAAAUUUCCCUCCGACCUACAAAUAUGAAUUUAACUCACCUAAAUAUACAGGCGAAUUUCCAAAGGCCGGAAGGCGUACUCCGGCAUGGUGCGAUCGUAUACUUUCAUUUGGGAAGGGAAUUAGGCAGUUGAAAUAUAAGAGACAUGAGAUUAUGCUCUCAGAUCAUCGACCAGUGACUGCAAUUUUCGUAGCUGAGGUCGAAGUAUUUUCUCCUCGGAAGCUUCAGAAGGCUCUAACACUCACAGAUGCCGAGCUUGAAGAGAGUGACAUUAUACCAGAAGAGAUUGAAUUGGGACUGGAUGGAUUCAGAUUUGAGGAUUCUUCUGCAUGGGAUCGAUAGAUGUAGACAUGGUUUGGGUGUAUCUUAGUGAUGGGGUGAGUUUCUCUUGUAUGUUUCUGAUUGAGUUGGUAUUCAUUUAUUGUAUUCUUAUUUGUAUAGCUGACCUUUACCUCACUAGUUGAUAAUCAAUUGGACUAAACUCUAGUGUAUAUUUAAGAGUUCUCGGUAAUUGAGGUUUUUGCUGGUA